AUGAAAAACUAUUAUCUAUUAAAGAAAGAAGUAGAAGAAUUAAAAAAAAAAUUACCAACAAAAUUUGAAGAAACCAUUCAAACAAAACAACAAUUAGUUGAAAUUGAAGAAACACAUGAAAAAAGUUUGUAUGAAAAAAAAAUGAUAUUGCUUUUGAAUGAAAUGAGAGAAUGGACAGGAAGAAUAAAGAUGAAUAUUAUUUUUGAUAGUGAUAUUGAUGAUCAAAAUGUUGUAUGUUUUCAACGAUCAUUAAUGAAUAAGUCAUCACUUUAUAUAAUUCUUUUUGAUGAAAAAGGAAAUGUUUUUGGAGGAUAUAAUAGAAAGUCUAUUUCAAGACCUGGAAAAAGAAUGGAAGAUAAAAGUCAUUUCAUUUUUUCUUUAGAGUCUAAUGAAAGAAUUGACUCUCCUAUUCGUUGGUUUGGAAGAGAUGAUAAACCUUCAACUUGUUUCUUUCUUAAUAGAGAAACAAAUCAAAUUGGUAGAUUAUGUGAAAUAGGUUUUCCUGAUGGAUUUAUUUCAGUAGCUAAAACUACACUCUCUCAAAGUGGGUGUGUUAACAUUUCAAAUAAAUAUAAAGGGAUUGAUAAUGAUGAUCUGAAUAAUACAAAUAAUGAAGUGUUUAAAUUAAUAAGAAUUCUUGUUGUACAAAUGGAAUAA